AACAACCGUUUUCAACGUCCACUUAGACAAUUUGUGUUCUGACAUAUUGUUGUAAACAGGGAUGGGUUACAUGUAAUCCGCGUAAUGUAGUCAGAUUACAAAGAAAUUAACUAUAAUCAUCCCAGAUUACACAUGGAAAUGUGCAAUAAAAUGAUACAUUGUCAAGGAUUACUUGACAUGGUAAUAGUUUAUAAAUUCUACAGAUUUCUCAAAUUAAAUAAAAUCUAAACCUGAAAGUUACUUGUAAUGCUUAGUAAAAUGUGCGAGAAUUCAUUUUUCUUCAAGAAAUCUUAAUCAAGUGUUCAAUUAAAUCACGACAAAUAGCAGGAAAAAUAAACCACAGAUGAAAGUAAUUAAGGCAGAAGAAAGUAAGUAAACAUAUUGACAUAAUCUAAGCUUUACUGUUUCAACCCGUAUAUUUUAUUGAUGCGACAGCAGCCAUUAUCAUCCUGCUGCUGUGUGAGUUUUACUUUGUCCAAUAGUUACUCAGCUACAGCCCGCGUGUCUCCCGGUCUGGACCAAUCAGCGCUGCCAUGGCUCCGGCAGUUCCUUUAUAAAGCCGCUGUUCACCCCGAGAAGUAUUCCUUCUUGAACUGUGAGCACAGAGAAGACGGAGAAGCUAAAAUGGCAAGAACCAAGCAGACCGCUCGUAAAUCUACCGGAGGCAAAGCCCCCAGGAAGCAGCUGGCCACCAAGGCUGCCCGUAAGAGCGCCCCGGCCACCGGCGGAGUGAAGAAGCCUCACCGUUACAGGCCCGGUACCGUGGCUCUGAGAGAGAUCCGUCGCUACCAGAAAUCGACGGAGCUGCUGAUCCGCAAGCUGCCCUUCCAGCGCCUGGUCCGAGAAAUCGCUCAGGACUUUAAGACCGACCUACGCUUCCAGAGCUCCGCCGUCAUGGCUCUGCAGGAGGCCAGCGAGGCUUACCUGGUCGGCCUGUUCGAGGACACCAACCUGUGCGCCAUCCACGCCAAGAGGGUCACCAUCAUGCCCAAAGACAUCCAGCUGGCCCGCCGCAUCCGCGGAGAGAGGGCUUAAACUGACCCGAGACCAGCCUACAGUCACAAAACGGCUCUUUUAAGAGCCAC